GAAGUAGCUGCGUUGCGCAAAUUGAUAUUAGUCUAUUACCAAGAUAGAGCAAACGAGAGACCAAAACAGAGACGAGGUAGAAAUGGGGGAUUUAUAUGCCCUCGAUUUCGAUGGUAUUUUAUGCGAUAGUUGUGGCGAAAGCUCCCUUUCUGCUGUCAAGGCUGCCAAGGUUCGAUGGCCGAGUCUAUUCAUCGGCGUUGAUUCAGCCACUGAAGACUGGAUUGUUGACCAAAUGCAUAUUGUGCGACCUGUGGUUGAAACAGGGUAUGAAAAUUUGUUGCUUGUGAGGUUGCUGUUGGAGAUUAGGAUUCCUUCCCUCCGUAAAUCUUCAGUUGCAGAAGGGCUCACCAUUGAAGGCAUACUUGAGAACUGGCCGAAGCUGAAAGCAGUCAUAAUGGAGGAAUGGGAUGAGAAGAACAGAGAGGUCCUAAUAGAUCUUUUUGGGAAGAUCAGGGAUGAAUGGAUUGAGAAUGAUCUGGCUACAUGGAUUGGUGCAAAUAGACUGUAUCCUGGGGUUUCAGAUGCUCUGAGAUUUACAAGCUCAAAGAUAUACAUAGUUACCACAAAACAGAGCCGAUUUGCAGAUGCACUACUGCGAGAGCUUGCUGGUGUGACUAUACCACCUGAAAGAAUUUAUGGACUUGGGACUGGCCCAAAGGUGGAGGUGCUCAAGAUGCUUCAGAAACUACCAGAACAUCAGGGACUUGCUCUACACUUUGUAGAGGACCGACUUGCUACUCUGAAAAAUGUCAUCAAGGAGCCAGAGUUGGACGGUUGGAACUUGUAUCUAGGUGACUGGGGUUACAACACCAAGAAAGAAAGGGAAGAAGCAGCAACUAUCCCAAGGAUUCGUGUGCUUGAACUGUCUGAAUUCAGUAAGAAGCUAAAAUAGAUUCACAAUUUGUUUGAAUGUAGUUACCCAUUGUCUUCUUUCGUGCAAUUGUGCUCGGCAUUUCUACUUGCGCAAAACACUUAGAAGCCCAAAAUUAUUCUUGUAGACAUAUUCUUAAAAGUACUACACAAGGAGUUACCAAUUACAUGUUUUAUUGUAAUAUCUAAUUA